AGGAAGAAGAAAACUAGGACGGUCUUCUCUCGAAAUCAGGUCUUUCAACUGGAAUCCAUCUUUGAUUUGAAACGCUACUUGUCGAGCAGUGAGCGUGCCGGCCUCGCUACCACACUACGACUCACAGAGACCCAAGUCAAAAUUUGGUUCCAAAAUCGCAGAAACAAGUGGAAACGUCAAAUCGCAUCCGAACUGGAAAACACCAAC